AUGGCAGAACAACUUGCUAGAGGCAAUCAGUAUCAAUAUACUGCAAAUUCAAAUCUUGUUCUUCAGGCAAAUCGUUCCGAAUUACCGCGUAGAGACCAUGAACCUGCAUUGAGAAAAGCAUACGGUUAUUCAAACGUUUUGGCAGCUACAGAAUAUUUUGACGGCUUAUCUUAUAGACCACGAACUAAGGAAACUCGAGAAACAUAUGAAUUGAUAUUAGCAUUUGUUCAUCAAAAUCUUGGUGAUCAAGCUCAAGAUGUGAUUAGAAGUGCUGCCGACGACAUACUUCAAAUUUUGAAAAAUGACAUGCUCAAAGAUUUUGACAAGAAAAAGGAGAUAGAGGGUGUCAUAGGAACUAUUACAUCAGAUAGGUUUGCACAGUUAGUAAACUUGGGAAAGAAAGUAACCGACUAUCACGUUGGGGAUUCUACGGAUGUAGAUAAAGAUGGUGAACUUGCAGGCGAGAUAGACGAUGAACUCGGAGUUGCUGUAGUCUUUGAUGAAGAGGAAGAAGAUGAUGAUGAAUUUGGAAAAUAUGAAAUUGAAUCAGAAGAGGAUGACGAUGAAGGUGGUGAGGAAACAGUAACCACCGGUGUAUUGGGUGUUGGUCAAGUCGAAGACGAGGAUGAUAAGGAAUUUGGUUCAGAUGAAGAAAACGAAGGAUUUCGAACUGUUAUUGGGCCAGAUACAACUAAAUUAAAAAAGGCCACUGGUAUCGAAACUGCUCAAAAAAUAGCACCUCACGAUAUUGAUGCUUUUUGGCUUCAGCGUUUAAUAUCCAAUUAUUAUUCAGAUCCACAUACAGCACAAGAGAAGACUUCAAGGACUAUGCAAUUGCUUGAGUCAGACAUAAAUACUCGCGACUGUGAAAAUGAAUUAAUGAAUCUUUUUGAAUAUGACAAAUUUGAUCUUGUUAAGAUAUUAACACGUAAUAGAGAGUUAAUCUUAUGGUGCACAAAGCUUGCAAAGGCUGGAACAGAAAUUGCUAAGCGUCAAGAGAUUGAACGUGAAAUGCGUGAACGUGGUUUAGAAUGGAUUCUCAAAGACCUUGGAGGAGAAAGAAUUCGUCGAGGUGAAGGAGCCGCACGAAAAGGUGUGGUCGAAGAUGCAAUGGAAAUCGACGAGAAACCUCCUUUGACACAUGGUCCAGUUCAUACUUCCGUAAAGGCUAAUUUACCACCUGUAACAACGGCAACUCCGAAAAACAUUAUUGAUUUAGAAUCAUUAACAUUUACUCAGGGUGGACAUUUAAUGUCAAAUAAAAAAUGUAAAUUACCUGAUGGCUCUUUCAAACGUUCUAUGAAAGGUUAUGAAGAAAUUCAUGUACCAGCGCCAAAGCCAAAGCCUUUUGCUGAUAAUGAAAAACUUAUACCAAUAGAGGAAUUACCUUUUUGGAUUCAAGAAUCUUUCAAAGGUGCUAAAACUCUAAAUAGAAUUCAAAGCAAACUAUUUCCUGUUGCAUUUAAUUCAGACGAAAACAUAUUGUUAUGUGCACCCACUGGUUCAGGGAAAACUAACGUUGCGAUGCUUUGUAUUCUAAAUGAAAUUGGAAAAUGGCGUCUGGAAGAUGGUUCAAUAGCCUAUGAUAAGUUUAAGAUUGUAUAUAUUGCACCUAUGAAGGCUCUUGUGCAAGAAAUGGUCGGAAAUUUUUCAGUUCGUCUUCAACCUUAUGGUAUAAAAGUUGCUGAAUUAACUGGAGACCGUCAACUUACCAAGCAACAGAUAGCAGAAACACAAAUAAUAGUAACAACUCCCGAAAAAUGGGAUGUGAUAACUAGAAAAGCUACAGAUAGAAGUUACACUAAAAUUGUUAGACUUAUCAUUCUUGAUGAAGUUCAUUUACUUCAUGAUGAUCGUGGGCCAGUUAUAGAAAGUAUCGUAGCGCGAACCAUCCGUCAUAUGGAACAAACGCAAGAAAAAAUUCGGUUGGUGGGUCUUUCGGCUACACUUCCUAAUUAUUUUGAUGUCGCUACUUUCUUGCGUAUAAAUUCCGAAUCAGGCUUAUUUCAUUUUGAUGGAACUUAUCGUCCAUGUCCUUUAAAACAAGAAUUUAUUGGGGUUACGGAAAAAAAAGCCAUAAAAAGGUUUCAAGUAAUGAAUGAAGUUACAUAUCAUAAAGUCAUGGAUCAAGCUGGUAAAAAUCAGGUUCUUGUAUUCGUACAUUCACGGAAAGAAACAGCUAAAACAGCCAAAACUAUUAGAGAUAUGGCAUUAGAAAAAGAUACAAUCGGUCAAUUUCUUAGAGAAGACUCCGCAAGUCGCGAAAUUUUGCAGACUGAAUCUUCUACCGCUAAAGAUACAAAUUUACAAGAUUUAUUACCUUACGGUUUUGCUAUACAUCAUGCCGGAAUGUCACGUGCUGACCGUACAUUAGUGGAAGAAUUAUUCGCAGAUGGACAUAUUCAAGUUUUAGUUUCUACUGCAACUUUAGCUUGGGGUGUCAAUUUACCUGCACAUUCUGUCAUAAUAAAAGGUACUCAAAUAUAUUCUCCUGAAAAAGGUCGCUGGGUUGAAUUAAGUCCACAAGAUGUUCUUCAAAUGUUAGGUCGUGCAGGUCGUCCUCAGUUUGACACAUUUGGUGAAGGUAUCAUAAUAACUUCUCAUACCGAACUUCAGUAUUAUUUGUCAUUGUUGAAUCAACAAUUACCCAUUGAAAGUCAAUUCAUCAACAGAUUACCUGAUAACUUGAAUGCGGAAAUAGUAUUGGGAACUGUUCGUAAUCGUGAUGAAGCGGUUGAAUGGUUAGGGUAUUCUUAUCUAUUUGUGCGUAUGGUGCGUAAUCCGACACUAUACGGUAUUUCAAUCGAUCAAUUGAGUGAAGACGAAUCUCUUGUUCAAAAACGAGUUGAUUUAAUUCACUCAGCUGCAUUAUUAUUAGAUAAAUCUAAUUUGAUAAAGUAUGAUAAAAAGACUGGAAGAUUUCAAACUACUGAGUUGGGACGUAUCGCUUCACAUUUUUAUAUCACACACAUUUCCAUGGCGAUCUAUAAUCAACAUUUAAAGCCAAUGAUGAGUCAUAUUGAAUUAUUCCGCGUAUUUGCAUUAUCAGAUGAAUUCAAAUAUAUUCCUGUAAGAGAAGAGGAAAAACUUGAAUUAUCUAAGUUACUCGAACGUGUACCUAUCCCCGUUAAAGAAGGCAUAGAAGAACCAACUUCCAAAAUUAAUGUUCUAUUGCAAUCCUAUAUUUCACAAUUAAAAUUGGAUGGAUUCGCACUUGUUUCCGAUAUGGUAUAUGUGACUCAAUCUGCAAGCAGAAUUCUUCGUGCCAUGUUUGAAAUUUGUUUAAAACGUGGUUGGGCUCAACUUUCUAGGAGGGCUUUGGACCUUUGCAAAAUGGUCGAAAAACGUAUGUGGCUUUCUAUGACACCUUUACGUCAAUUCAAAACUAUAACCAUGGACUUGAUAAAAAGAAUUGAAAAGAAAGAUUUCCCUUGGGAUAGAUACUUUGAUUUGAACGCACAAGAAAUUGGGGAACUUGUAGGUUUUCCUAAAGCUGGAAAAAUGAUUCAUAAAUAUGUUCAUCAAUUUCCUAAGUUAGAGCUACAGACUUUUGUGCAACCUAUAACUCGAUCGUUAUUAAGAGUUGAACUUAAAAUUACUCCAGAUUUUCAAUGGGAUGAAAAAGUUCACGGAACUGCUGAAGCAUUUUGGGUUUUAGUUGAAGAUGUAGAUGGAGAAGUUAUAUUAUACCACGAUUCCUUUAUUCUGAAGCAAAAAUACGCGGAAGAAGAUCAUAUUAUAACAUUUACAGUACCGCUUUUCGAACCUUUACCUCCUAAUUAUUUCAUUUCGAUAAUAUCCGAUCGUUGGUUACAUUGUGAAACGAAAUUGCCAAUUUCUUUUAAACAUUUGAUUCUUCCUAAAAAAUAUCCACCUCAUACAGAAUUACUGGAUCUUCAGCCUUUGCCAGUAUCAGCUUUACGAAACCGUGAAUAUGAAGCUGUGUAUAGACAAUGGGUUGAAAAUUUCAAUCCCAUCCAGACUCAAGUGUUUAACGCUUUGUACAACAGUGACGAUAAUGUUUUUGUUGGAGCACCUACUGGAAGUGGGAAGACUAUUUGUGCCGAAUUUGCACUUCUUCGGUUGUGGUCUAAACCAAAUCAUGGUAGAUGUAUUUAUAUUGCACCAUUCCAAGAAGUAGUUGAUCGUCUAAAAGCUGAGUGGGAGAAAAAGUUUAAAACUUUACAAGGUGGAAAAAACAUUGUAUCACUUACUGGAGAAACUAGUGCAGAUCUUCGAUUGCUAGAAAUAGGUGAUGUCAUAUUUGCCACACCUACACAAUGGGAUGUUAUGUCUCGUCGAUGGAAACAACGCAAAAAUGUUCAAAAUAUUGCAUUAUUUAUUGCGGACGAAUUACAUCUCAUUGGAAGUGAUGUGGGUCCAACUUAUGAAAUAAUUGUGUCACGUAUGCGAUACAUUGCUCAUCAAACAAAGAAUCCUAUUCGUAUUGUUUGUUUGAGUACUUCAUUAGCCAAUGCUCAAGAUAUUGGAGAAUGGAUAGGUGCAACACCACACACUAUUUUCAAUUUUCAUCCAAGUGUUCGUCCUGUACCUUUGGAAAUUCAUAUUCAGAGUUAUAACAUUCCACAUUUUGAAUCAUUGAUUAUUGCAAUGGCUAAACCUACUUAUGUUGCCAUCACAACAUAUUCAUAUAAUAAACCUGCCAUAAUCUUUGUACCAUCACGUAGUCAAUGUAAGCUGACCGCCGUCAAUUUAGAAACUUUAUGUACAGCGGAUGGAUUACAAGAUUAUUUUCUUAAACCAUCACUUAAAGAUGAUCAAGGAAAUUUGGAUAAAAAAUUUGCUAAAGAAUUAGUAAAAGUUAAUGAUGAAUAUUUACGGGAUACACUUUCGCAUGGUAUAGGUUUUUAUCAUGAAGCACUCAGCACCCUUGAUAAAUUGAUAGUCGAGAAAUUAUUUGAAGAGGGAUUAAUACAAGUAGUAGUUGCAUCACGAGACACAUGUUGGGGAUUGAAUUUGAAUUGUCAUAUGGUUAUCAUUAUGGGUACUCAAUAUUAUGAAGGUAAAGAACAUAGAUAUGCAGAUUAUCCAAUAACAGAUGUUUUACAAAUGAUGGGACGAGCUUGUCGUCCACAUAUAGAUGAAACUGGUCGUUGCGUAUUAAUGUGUCAAGCUAUUAAGAAGGAUUUUUAUAAAAAAUUCUUAUAUGAAGCUUUACCCGUAGAAUCUCAUUUGGAUCAUUUCUUGCAUGAUCAUUUCAAUGCAGAAAUUGUGACUAAAACUAUUGAGAAUAAACAGGAUGCAGUAGAUUAUCUCACUUGGACUUUCUUAUAUCGACGAAUGGUUGAAAAUCCAAAUUAUUAUGGAAUGCAAGGUUCGGAUCAUAGACAUUUGUCAGAUCAUUUAUCCGAAUUAGUUGAAGCUACGGUGAACGAUCUUUCAUCUUCAAAAUGUAUCAACAUUGAAGAUGAAUUAGAAUUAUCACCUCUCAAUUUGGGAAUGAUAGCUGCAUAUUAUAAUGUAAGUUAUGUUACAAUAGAAAUGUUUAGUAUGAGUUUGAAUGAGAAGACAAAACUUCGGGGACUUUUGGAGAUCAUUUCUUCAGCAGCAGAAUUUGAAUCAGUCCCAAUUAGACAUCAUGAAGAUGGUGUUCUCAAGAAGAUCUAUGAAUUUCUACCGGGUAAACUAGCAAAUCCUAAAUUUAAUUCACCUCACAUUAAAACGAAUAUUCUUUUACAAGCACACUUUUCGAGAUAUGAUUUGGAUAGAGUACCCGAUCUAAAAUCUGAUCAAGUUAUAGUAUUGGGAAAAAUUAUUCCAUUAAUUCAGGCUAUGGUUGAUGUAAUAAGUUCUAAUGGAUGGUUAAAUACGGCAUUAAGUGCAAUGGAGUUAUCACAAAUGAGUGUUCAAGCAUUAUGGGAUCGUGAUUCACCGUUAAAACAAAUUCCAUAUUUUGAGAAAGAGCAUCUCGAACGCUGUCAAGAAAAAGGGAUUGAAUCAGUUGUUGAUAUAGGUUUACUUGAAGAUGAUGAACGUGAAGAGAUACUUAAAAUGGACAAGAUAAGAAGGAAUGCAGUAGCGAAAUUUAUUAAUCGAUAUCCAGAUCUUGAUGUUAAAUAUGCAAUAAGAGAUGAAGAACUUAUAGCGGGUUCGCAAGGUAUUUUAGAUGUUAAAUUAACACGAGAAGAUUACGAUGGAGAUGAUAUUGGUCCAGUAUAUGCACCUAGAUUCCCACAUAAAAAAGAUGAGGGAUGGUGGAUAAUUGUUGGGGAUUCAUCCAAGAACACAUUAUUGGGUGUCAAACGAAUCACUUUAAAUAAGACAUUGAAUAUAAAAUUGGACUUUACGUGUCCACCAGAAGCAGGUGAACAUUCAUUAAAACUUUAUACAAUGUCAGAUUCAUAUAUGGGAUGUGAUUUAGAAUUUGAUAUUGAUAUAUCAGUACAAGAAGGGAAUGAAGAUAGUGAAGAGGAGGAAGAAGAGGAGGGAACACAAAUGGAGACAUAA